CAUUAUCCGUUAAUGUCCAUUUCGAGAACAAAGAUGGUGGAUUUUUUCUCAAACAACAACCUAGACAACACUACGCCGGAUCCUCCAGCAAUCCAUUGGUGGGCCUGGAUCCGUUGGUACCGCUGCCAGGUGGACCAGGUGGUAGUUCCGGAGGAACGCCUCUUUCGAUAGACCGGUUUACUGUGCUACAGAGUAGUCAGCCGAUCUCUGUGAGGGCUACUUAUGGACCGUUCAGUACAAAACAAACUGUACCUGCCAGAUAUGUGGUACCGGAUCCAAUGCCUGUGAAUACUUCUGGACCAGCAAUAGACUUACAAGAUCAGGCUACUCACCACCUAGAUAUGUCUGCACAUGUUGUCAGAAGUGAAAUUCCUAGAGACUCUCCAGUUCUCAGAGUGCUGUUUCAUACAGGAACAGAUCCAGGGGGUAGACGACAAAUUCUUCUAGCUAGACAUCACCAAAGAGUUUGCAUCGUUCUGCAUGCCACCAUGGGUACAAAACCACCUCUUCACGCUGCUUGCAGCCCUAACGGAGAAGAUGGCGUAUGUUUAGCUCAAGUCACUAUCCCUUCAUCAUGGUGGCCUCCUUUACCAUUGCCUGAGAAAGAUGGAAGACCAGGAAAACUUACAAAAACACCGCCUAAAUUGGUUCAGGUGGCUUAUUCUGUGCUGGAACCAUGGCCGGAUGAAGGUGAAGGCUGUCAUCCAAAAAUGCAAGUACAACCAUCGGUUAUAUUGGGCACCGUAACGCUGGUUCCUGCAAAGGGGGCGUAUAAGGAAGUGAGACUUACUGACGCAUUAUCGAUGUUAGUGCCGUAUCCGCCAUUGUUUCCAAUGUCGAAGCUACACGUUCCUGUUUUUAUCGACAGACUGAAAGCUAAGUCUUUAACUGCAAUCGUCAUAAGAGCUAGAGUGAAAAGCGGUAUUCAUCUUCUGGAAGCAGUUCCCAGCACCGGCACGCCCUGGAACGUCACUGUAGACAUUAAUCCGAGACACACUGGAGCUAGCGUGACCCUAGUACGCAAAGAACCACCAGAGGCAGACCUCACAACAACAGCUGGAGAAGUUAUGGAACUAUUUAGCUGGCUUUUGGAAGUUGCUGAUGACGCAACCGAUACUUACGAAGGUGCUCGAAUAGUGUGGACUGCUCGAUUUGAGCCCCACCAAGAAGAUACCGAUAUUGAAAUCCACAGAGGUGCAGAAGGAAGAAAAUCAACUGUCAGAUUUGAAAUUCAUAAAGAUGAUAUUCAAGCAGUUGUUCCCAUAAGUAAGAAUUGGGAAGUGCUCAACACGGCCGUCCUUACAGGACAGCAAGUGUCUCAAGCCAUGAAAGUCUUUAUCGUAUCGCAAGCUGGCAAAGCGGCUGAUGUCACAUUCCAGGCAUCCUGUCAUUCGGAUGACGACAACGUCCUCAAGGUCUCUUCAUCAUGUGGAUCUGUUUAUGUUGAUGGAAGCGAACAAAGAGGUUCCAUAAAUGGAUCGGUUUUCGUCAAAUAUGGUACAUACACAGGCAGAGCUACAUUUACAGUAUGGAUGCCGGAGUUUCCACUGGAGUUAAUGGUGGCUGACACAAGAUUAUCCCAGUUGAAAUCAUGGAGAGUUCCAGACUACCAUCCCGUAGCCACUAAAUCAAGACGGAGAAGGCGGUCACUAGUUCCUUGGAAUGCCAACGCAGAAGAUAUAGGCAACGUCGUGGACAAACCGGUCUGCCGAUUACGUUACCAGCAAACCACAGUGGACGUGUAUGCCCACUUUAUGGCUACGGAUCACGAAUCUGGGCGAGUUAAUUAUUUAAUUAACCGGCGAACAUGGUUAAGAGUGACCGAUUUGGUUCUGCCGUGGCUCAGAGUUAGCGAUCCGCGGAUAGCCAGUUUACAUGGUAGAGUCUUACAGGGCAGAAGCAUGGGAAGAACGGAAGUGCAAGUUCUUUCGCCUAUCACAAGUAGAGUUUAUGGUUCAAAGGAAAUUCGAGUCGGCAAUGAUAAAGUAGGAUUGACUAAAAUGUCAGUUCAGGUUGUCUCAGGUUUGCAGCUUAAUAUAUCUCCAGACAGUUCUAUUGAAAAUGGUUAUGUGGCAGAAACCAGUGUCACGAGGAAACUGACAGCCCAGUAUCAGGAGGGUUUGUUAGAUAUUGAAUUAGAAUUUUCUGAUGGUACCAAAACCGCCUUAAGAGAUAUAGCAGAUACCGAUUAUCAUUUAGUAGUUGAAAGUUUAGAUCCAGAAGUUGUAGCAUUUGCACCCAUGGUGGCAUCACAUCAUCCUAGAGUGAUUGCUGUUGGUGAAGGUAGUGGUGAUUUAUUACAGGUAACGCUUUUAUUAUCAGAAGAAUGCAGAAUACUAGGGAGGCCUAAGGUUAAAACAGCAGGUCCUUUGGCAACAGCCGCUGCUCACAUUACAGUUGAUUUUACUAGCAGUGAUCUAGCUCACAGACCUGAUAUUCUGCAAAACGACGGUGGAAGUUACGCAGGAUCGAAAGGAGGCAGAGAUUUCGCAGAUUUACAUGAUAUUUUAAAAGACGAUAAAUCACACGAACCCAAUGUCCAAGCCAGACAGUAUCAAGGAAGUAAGGGUAUGUUCCGAAACAAGAGACAAAACAGCCAUAUGACACCUUUAGAAAUUAGUAUGUACGUUUUAUUGGCCGCUUUCUGUUGUGCUAUUGUGGUAUUUGUAGUAUCAUGUGUAGUAUACGCUUCCAAAUUUAAACCAAUGGAUCCUGCAGUGACGUCAGGAAUUCACGCUUCCCCAGUAAAUGCAAGCAAUUUUGUUAUACACAGAGAACGCAAACCCAGAGAAUCAACACAAAAUGCUCACGACUGGGUUUGGUUGGGACGAGCUACAAUGGAUAUGUCAUCAAAUAGAAAUUCAACGGUGGUAACUAAUAAUAAUGGACAGGAUAUGCGCAUAAUUACGAACCCUUUAAAUUCAAAUUACGUAGAGCCUGACGAUUCUCUUGCCACCAGCUUUACAAACCCAAAUCAUAUUGAGUUAUCUAGCAGAUCGCCAGUUCCUGGGGCAUCCGGCAGUGACGCAAAUUCCAAUGGAAAAUCUAUUGACAGUACAACAUAUUGUAAAAGCAAGAGAGAAGGGAUUGUAAGUGGACGCAGUAGAAUGAGCGACGUUGAAGUUGAAAGUGGUAAUUUAGUCGGAUGGAAUAAACCGAUUCCACCACCACCACUUCCGCCACACACUACUCCUAUUCAUUCUAAAAUAUCCAACUCCAACGAAGACUAUAGACCGCCUGUACCACCACACAGAAAUCUCGCUACCACUUUUAACGCAGAACCUUCCAUACAUGCAAGUCCCUCUAGUCCUAAAAAACACCAUCAUCAAAGAAACGGAAGUAAAACUAGCGUUAAAAUACUUCAGCAAGCUAUAGACCCAUCUGUAGAUGGAGCGCAUAACAGUCCAGUACUCGAAAAACGAUUAGAAGUCGAAGAAAGAAGACAGCAUGUUUUCGAAUUCGAUGACGAACCCGAAAUAAAAAAGGAAACUGGGGAAAAAAUGAAGUUCGUUCAAUAUCCGAGAUCGCCAAGUUCAAAAUCCAAUAGAAACAGCGCAGAAGUAAAACGAGCUGCUAUCGUUGGCAAUCCAAUGUUUUCAGCAGACGAUACAGGAGAAAAUAAGACGGGUAGCGCUCCUGGCGAGACUCCCGCCGACUUACCCGGGCUGGACGAUCUCCAACUGGAUAUGGACUACGAACAAAUUAUGCACUACUUUGAAAACCUAAAGGUAAACGAGCCCCUUGCCAUAAAAGUUAAAUCAACUCCGUGCUCAUCGGACCGUUCUAGGAAUCAAACGCCUGAGUAGAAGAGAUCAUUGCAAAGAUCCGCGCCAUCCUGUUGUCGUUCAGCGAACAGUAUAGGGCCAACGCGCUGCAAGCAGUAAUGUCGAGUCCCGACCCUGUGCCCGACGUGCAGCAUCGCUUCGACUACAUUUUCGACUACAUCAGCGAGUCGUACGCUUAAAUCAACACCUAGGAGACAGUGUCCAACAAUGGCAGAGGCUUCGGCCUCUAUUUAAUACAUUUUGUUACGACUAAGAUGCGAAAAUAUUUCAACUCGAACGGAAAAUAGGCCAGUCAAAUAAGAUUUAUUAGAGGGGUCGCUUGGAAAGCUAGUUAUUGAUUUGAUCAGUUCAUUUGACGUGAAAAAAAAGAAGUUUUCUAGGUUUGCACGGUUGCUCGACCGUCGUUGCUCGAGUCAGGAGGCCCUCAAGAUGGUAAAGUUCUUGGACUUUUUUCGUUGCUGUCUAGCGAAUAUUUCAGAAUCGCGUAAAUUAAAGAGAAUUAAAUUCUGUCAAAUGAGUAUUAUACAGUCAUUUAAUUCUGUAGUAUGACAGUAAAAUCGAAAGUUCAAGAAUGGUGAAAUUUACCCACUUGAUGAAAAAUGCAUUAAAAUGACAGUCUGUCACAUGAAAUACCUCAUUCUAAAUAAAAAAAAUAAACGAAAGAAGGUGCGUAUCGACUGCCCGCGGCUGCCUCGCGAGCUAUGUUCGCCCGCGGCAAACCAAUUAUCUGCCUCGCGAGCCAAACUUUUGGCAUUCAUUUUGUAGUGCGCGGCGGCCUCGCAAGGCAACCGAUCCAGCCUUUCGCGAAGUUGUUCGCAAACUGCCACCAUGGACGUCCGUGCAAGAGCAGCAGCUGCUUUCAUUGUAAUUCAUCACGUCAUUAAAAAAAACCGAAACGAAAAGUGCGUUGGUGGAUGAAGAAAAUGUAUAGUAAUAGGAUGUAGUAUGGUAUUAGUAGACUUAUGGACGAUAUGCGAUAUGAAGCCAUUGAUGACACAAUAAAAAAUUACACAAGGAUGUCAACCAGAGAUUUUACGCAGUUAAAAAUAUUAAUUGGGCCGUACGUGAAGAAAAUGGACACUAACUUCCGAGAUGCGAUUCCAGUUAGUGAAAGGUUAGCUAUAACUUUGAAGUUUCUAGCCACACGAGACUCAUAUACUAGCUUGCAAUACGUUUUGCAAGGCAUUUUUUGCGAUGCAUUAUGCGAAGCUCUGAAGGAUUAUAUCGUUCCAUGCAUCUUGCCUCAGCGACUUGUUAUGGUAGUGUUAUGGUAGAGUAAUUCUCUAGCACCAUAUAAUUGAAUUAGAAGUCGGUAAUUUUCAUUAUCCAUGGUUAAAACUGCGAAAACACCGCACGCGCCACUGUCUGUUGUGGAAUAUACAAAUUUUGUUUUGUUCUGCAGCGCGAGCCAAAUUAAUCGCCACGAACCGUCCCAACUGCACUGAAAGCACUCACUGAACCUCCUUUGCCGCUGCCCAAAAACCGAAAAAGAUUGGUUCGCACCGCGGCACAUUCGAGCGGACAUCAGUUCAAGCAGCCUCGCGCGGCAACUCGGUAUCCAUUGAGCGCGGCAGCCGCGCGAGCCAAUGUUCGGCGGUUUGCCGCGGGCAAUCGAUACGCACCUAUAGAGCAUAAAAUUGUGGUGUUAAUAUACAGGGUGCCCCGAACUGUAUUCCGGAAACUUCGGCAGCAUAUUCUG